CCCUACUUCUCUGUCUCCCCACCGCCACACCCACCACCACAGAAAGUCUCCUCCGCCUUGAGCAAGCUCUUCGUGUACGGAGCCCUCAAGUACGGACAGCCCAGCAACUCGAUCCUGGCCAGCACCGGCAACGGACACGCCAAGUUCUGGUGCCGGGCCACCACCACCCAGAAGAUGCCGCUGGUGAUCGCCACCCGCUACAACAUUCCCUUCCUGCUGAACAAGCCCGGCGUGGGCUAUUACGUAACGGGGGAGAUCUACGAGGUGGACGACCGCAUGCUGAACUCCCUGGACAACCUGGAGGACUGCGAGGAGAUCUACACGCGCGAGAAGCACGACAUGAACAUCGGCGUGGGCGAGGGAACCGUUCCCUGCUGGGUGUACCUGCUGCAGAAGUACCCGGAGAACCUGCUCAGCCUGCGCUACCUCUCCAGCUACGAGAACUCCACCACCCAUCCCUAUAUCAUGCGCCAUCGCCGCACUCACAAGCACCCGGCCCAGGACGAUCUCACCUACGUGGCCCAGAACUAAUAAGCUAGGCUGUGGUUUCAUCAUUGGAUGUGCUCUGGACAGCUCUUAUGUUACCGUAGUUGCAUUUCUAGACCGUACCUGCAGAGGCAGAUGUACUGAUCGAUAUAUACGCGCAUAUAUUGGCAAAUGAUAUACACUGAUAUGUACCAUACGCAUUAUUUAGGUUUUAGCGUAGCUUGUAAUUUCAUAGUUUUCGACAUACAAAGCAAAUAAACUGAAGCAAUUCACAGAAACUAA